AUGCAUAGAACAAAAAACCAGCAGACUCCGGAUCCAAUUGCACCACAUUCUGAACGUUUAGUAUUAUACAUGAAUACACAUCCAAACACGCUGUUAGGAUAUGCAAAAUAUUAUGGUGGAUAUAGCAAUGCAAUUAGUGCUCGUAUGACAGAUAUUAACUCUAUUGGGUUUGUUAUGUUGGUGAAGACUGACAACGAUAAAGAAUCAGAAGUUAAUAUUAGAUAUAAACAUCAAUUGGGGUCUUGUGACCAAGUUAGACCAAUGUUAACUCAAAUGGCAAAUGAAUGCGAAGAAGCUUUAGGACUGUCAAAUACUAGACCACCUUUGCCAAAUCAUACACCAUUCAAUCCACCAAGCCCUUUGAGAUGUUUCUCAGUAUUAUCAUUGAUUGGUUUAAAUAUUCUAUUGGCAUACUAUCCAGGACCUUUGCCCAAUUUUCUAGAAUCUAUUAGAUCGUUUUUUGGUUAUGAUUUUAUAAAACUGUUUGUUUACUUUACAAUAGUUAUUCAUGCUAUAGAAGCUCUCGUGGUUGCAAUUAUUUUAUACAUAAGAGGGGAACCAGAUUUAUCCACCAGUAUUAAAUGGGUAUUGAUGACAGCAAUAUUAGGGCAUUUUUGGCAAAUCUUUAUACCAACAAAACGAAAAAACAAUUGA